AUGACCGUGCUGUUGACAAUCAUGUGGAUUACUUAAUCAAGGAGGUAAAUACUACUCCAUGGCUCAAUCAAUAGAUCACGCCAUGCUGCAAGUUUGGUAAUGUAGCCUAUAAUACCGAACGUCGAUCUUAUCAAGGAAGGUCAUAUUCAUAGUCAUCUAUCAAGUUAACCUCUAAAACAUGUGUGUAAGCAUGGGUAUUCGACGCAUUUUUACUCUGAAGAAGGUCUUACUCACCGUCGUAUUUUCCAUCGCAGUCAUUGCAAUAAAUUAUCUUAGACCAGAAUCGUUUCAAAGAAAUGAUGUAGAAAAUAACAUAGGCCUAAUACAUCACGUUGUAAAGAAAUACGAUACUAAAACAAAUCUUAAGAUAAGUAAUGGACCGAAAGAAAUAUUAAUAUUUGGCGAACUACGAAUGAUGAAGACGUGGUCUGAAUUAAGCUCCAUGAUUGACUGCUUCAAAGACCCGAAAACAAAAUCUCUACGAAAUUGUUCAGUGUUUUGCCCUCUGUAUAAUGAAUCAAUAUCGUUAACCUUAGGGAUAGCAGCGGAUUAUGGUGGUAAAGAUGCAAUAGUAUUUGGAAUUUCUCCUUUUACGCUUCGUCGUUACCAUAAAGAAGUUUUUAAACAAUUUCCACCAAAUGUUCUCACUGUAUUUUAUAGUAUGGAAUCUCCAUACAGGGUAAGUAAAUGGAUCUGGCCUAUUCCCACUGGAAGAUACCACGUUACAAUGACGUACCUCACUGCAUCUAACAUAACAAUUCCUUACUCAUACUAUAAGCCAUUCGCCGAAGAAACAGUUUCAGAGAACCGAAAUUUUGCGAAGGGCAAAACCAAGUUGAUUGCCUGGAUGGGUAGCAAUUGCCGAGAGGUCUUCUGGCCUAGGCUGGAGUUUAUCAAGCAGUUACAGGCACAUAUAUCGAUCGACAUGUAUGGCAAGUGCGGAAAUCUCACUUGUCUACCAAGGUUAUCAGAGAAAUGUGUUUAUAUGUUAAGAAAAUACAAAUUCUAUCUAGCAUUUGAAAAUUCUGAGUGCCACGAAUAUCUGACUGAAAAAAUGUGGAAAACUUCCCUCGCGAAUGAAGUUGUUCCGAUUGUUUAUGGACCUAGUAGAGCGGAUUAUGACAAAUUUGCACCACCAAAAUCUUAUAUCCAUGUCAGUGAUUUCAAGAAUGUAAAGGAACUAGCUGACUAUAUUGAACUUCUUGAUAAGAACGACGAUUUAUACAAUUCGUAUUUUGAUUGGAAGACCAGAGGAAGGGUUGUAAACGUUUAUCCUGAAAUGCAACCUUCGUAUUUUUGUGAGAUUCUUGCGUUUUUAGGUAAGAAUAUACCCCAAGAGCGUAAACCUCUCUCUCAAUCCGUUUGGUUUAAUUCAUGUCGAAAUCCAAUCAAGAAACGAUUUAAUCCUGACAAACGGAUACGCUUUGAAAACUGGUCGCCUUGGUUGUAGUCUUUUUAGUGCCAUCAUGGUUGAAUUCUUCACAUUAUAAUUCCAUUCCAAGAUUGGUUAUACUAUUAAUUAUUAAAACAAAGUAUUAUUAAGACGUCUUGGGUUCAGUUGUACUUCAGAAGUUACCUACCAUCUGCUAAGGUUCAUGAUAAGUAAAAAAAAUACCAUCAUCAUCGCUAUCAUAAUCAUCACCUGGGGAAUUCGGGAUUUUUCGUAGUUUGGGAAUAUCUCAAUAGCCUUCUUGAAUAUUCCAACUACAUUUAAUGUUUACAUCUCUGCGUAGGUUAAUUAAUUAUAAGAAAAAAAUCAUUUAAAAAUCUGUAAAGAAAAGUUAAAUAAUAUUCGUUGCGGACAGGGAUAAUAAGGUUUACUUAUACUAAUAUUGCUCCUCUGUUGAAUGAGACUUAAAUAGUUUUGUUAAAUGCUAUUAACAGAUGAAUAUUUUAGGAUGCCUAAAUGUAAAAUUUGCUAAUUGCUACAGAGAUACACGCUAUUUCCACACAUGGUAUGAGUUUAAUUACUGCGAAACACUGCUAAGUCAAAACCAAAAUUGUGCUUAUACCUUUUUCACUAAAGCCAAUAAUAAUAAUAAUAUAAAAUUAUACUUUCUCCCCAUUAUGAUCAAUGUACAAUACCUGUACUUGUUAAUGGGAAUUGAAUAAUACACUACCGUACCUAUUUCCUUGAACGAAUUGCAUAUUUUAAACAGUGUUUUCCUAGUUA